GUGGUUUACAUCUGGGGGUUAAUCAACUCUGCCCACGAGGCCAUUUUGAUCGCGCUGUAUUUAUUCGCCUUGUACCGCCGUCUCGUGGCCUGUGACUGUAUCGAGUGCAUUGUCCCAGUCGUGUUCCCCAUGGGCAUUGCGUGGCCCUGGACGCGCCGUCCCUGCCUGGUGCUCAUCGGGCUGUGCCUAGCUGCUACUGUUCUUUUCGCCUACCCUAUACCUUCCAAAUAUCGACGCCGGAUGAGAACUUUGCGAAAUCUCCGUGGGCAUCUCCCCAGACCGUUGAUGAUGUUACAACCCACGCUUGACGUGUAUUGUUGUGAGGUUUCGCUUUUCUCUGACUUGCGGUUUGAUGGAACUUCUCGUUAUCUGAACCGAUCAGUGAUGUAGUCGUGUUCAUACAACAACCGAAGACAAGGUUUAGUUGGGCAAUUUGACAGUCAUUAGACUUCAGCUAAGAAGUAUGGAAAAUCCGUCU